AUUGUUCAUAAAAUUUUUUUUGGGUGAAUUGCAGGUUUUUGAAUGCUGGGAUAUUUGGGAAUGGGACAGAAUCAUGCCAUACACUGUCGAAAUCAGCAACAAGAGCAGCAAUGCUGGUGAGGAUCAACACUCUGUUGCAGGGCUAUUCAGGAAUCAGAUUUGAGAUCUUGGAAUCCAUAACCAAAUUUCUCAACCACAGUAUCACUCCCUGUUUACCUCUCAGAGGCACCAUCACUGCCUCCGGUGACCUUGUUCCCCUCUCCUACAUCGCCGGACUUUUGACUGGCCGACCAAACUCCAAAGCCGUUGGUCCUAAUGGAGAAGCUCUUAACCCAUCAGAAGCUUUUCACCUUGCUGGAAUCGAUGGUGGGUUCUUCGAGUUGCAGCCUAAGGAAGGACUGGCUCUUGUCAAUGGCACUGCUGUUGGAUCUGGGUUGGCUUCAAUCGUGCUUUUUGAUGCUAACAUUCUGGCGAUUCUCUCAGAAGUUUUAUCAGCCAUUUUUGCAGAAGUCAUGCAAGGGAAACCUGAGUUUACAGACCAUCUUACUCAUAAACUCAAACACCAUCCUGGUCAGAUUGAAGCUGCUGCUAUAAUGGAGCAUAUUUUGGAUGGAAGCUCUUUUGUCAAAGCAGCUCAGAAGCUACACGAAUUGGAUCCUUUACAGAAGCCUAAACAAGACAGGUAUGCUCUGAGAACCUCCCCACAAUGGCUUGGCCCUCAGAUUGAAGUCAUUAGAACAGCAACCAAGAUGAUUGAAAGAGAGAUCAAUUCUGUCAAUGACAACCCUUUGAUUGAUGUCUCAAGAAACAAAGCUUUACAUGGAGGAAAUUUCCAAGGAACCCCAAUUGGAGUUUCCAUGGAUAACACCCGGUUGGCCAUCGCUUCAAUUGGAAAACUCAUGUUUGCUCAGUUCUCCGAGCUGGUAAAUGAUUUUUACAACAAUGGGUUGCCAUCAAAUCUUUCUGCAAGUCGUAAUCCCAGUUUGGAUUAUGGAUUCAAAGGUGCAGAAAUUGCCAUGGCUUCUUACUGCUCAGAACUGCAAUAUCUUGCAAACCCUGUCACUACCCAUGUACAGAGUGCUGAGCAACAUAAUCAAGAUGUGAACUCUCUGGGACUAAUCUCCUCCAGGAAGACAGCCGAAGCUGUUGAUAUAUUAAAACUCAUGUCUACAACGUUCUUAGUUGCUCUCUGCCAAGCCAUUGAUUUAAGGCACUUGGAGGAGAACUUGAAGAACACAGUGAAGAAUUCAGUGAGCCAAGUGAUUAGAAAAGUCUUAUUCAUGGGGGACAAUGGCGAGCUUCACCCAUCAAGGUUCUGUGAAAAAGACUUGCUCAAAGUGGUGGACAGGGAGUACCUAUUUGCAUAUGCUGAUGAUCCAUGCAGCGCCACCUACCCAUUAAUGCAAAAGCUCCGACAAGUCCUGGUCGAUCAUGCGCUGAUCAACGCCGACAGAGACAAGAACUCCGGCAGCUCAAUCUUCCACAAGAUCGGAGCUUUUGAGGAGGAGCUCAAGACCCUUUUACCUAAAGAAGUGGAAGGUACCAGGCUAGAAGUGGAGGCUGGAAAUGCAGCAAUUCCAAACAGGAUUAAGGAAUGCAGGUCAUACCCGCUUUACAAGUUUGUGAGGGAGGAGCUGGGAACUGGUUUGCUCACCGGCGAGAAGGUCCGGUCCCCGGGAGAAGAGUUUGACAAGGUUUUCUCGGCGAUGUGUGCAGGGAAGAUGAUCGAUCCAUUGCUGGAUUGUCUCAAGGAGUGGAAUGGGGCACCUCUUCCCAUCUCCUAAGAAACUUAUUGCUUACAAAUAUUAUAUAUAUAUAUAUAUAGCUUUGCUGUAUUUACUAUACAGAUCUUUGCACCUGGAAAGAGACUCAUGAAGCAAACUGUAUGUCGUCUUUGUUUUUAAGUUGAACUUUUCCUUUUCCA